AUGAAACUCCACCUGUUCCUGCUGCUCCUCCUGCUGGGGACAGUUGCUGCUCUUCAUGUGGGUAAUGAUGCCCCCAAUCUGGACAGCCAAGAGUCACAGGCAGACCUGAGCCAGGAUCUGGAAGGCUCAGGGGAACAGGAGGGAGAGCUGGUCCUGACUGAGGAGGCGAUUCAGUCUGAAGGAGAGCAGGUGGAGGCUUCCAGCUGCCAAGAUGCCUUUGAGGACGACAAGAAGGCCAUGGAGUCGCACCCAGGUGCCCUAGACAAGAACUUUCAGUGCCCCAGGGCAGAGGACACAGUGGAAAUAAGCGGCAGUCCUGGGUGCAAGUUCUGCCGCUACAAGUUGGUGCAGACUCCCCGUGUAUUUGCAGUCGCUCGGGAAACCUGCAGGAGGUGCUACAGUGGCAACCUCGUCUCUAUCCACAACCUCAGUGUCAACAAUAAACUCCACUGCUUGUCCAGUCAGCUGAAUGAGUUCUGGGUCUGGAUUGGAGGAAUCAUCAGGCCCAAGUGUUCCACGUUACAGUGGAUUGAUGGGACUGCUGUAGAUUUUCGUCACUGGGCUCAUCAGCGUGGGUGCGGCCACUGUGUGAGCCUAUCCACCAGAGGGGGUCAUUGGCGACAAACAUGUUGUGAACGACGUCUGCCCUUCAUCUGCUCCAUCUAA